AUGGUAUUGGCGGGGAUAGUUACGGCUGUGUUCCGACGGCAGAAGAAGUACCAUACCAGCUACCAGCUCACGACCAGCGUGCAGGUACGCAACGAACAACGGCAGCAUCAACAGCCUACAUUCCAAAUUCUUCCGUAUCCCGUUCCGGGUGGAAGGGGCAAAGAGGGAGGCCGUGGCGAAGCGUGUUCGCACGCAAGCCGAGGUCUUCGCGGAGGGCAAUCGUCGCCGCUCCGUGGACAAGCCCUGUCGCCGCCCACCACCUCGCGGCCGUUCAAGUUUAGGUUCCGCUACCUCAAGUUCCCUCUGUAUGGGUUGGCCGCUCUUCAGAUCCAGUACGCGUGGAGGAACUACCAGCAGAACACUAUCUACGACAUGAGCACAAGGGAGAUAGUGUCCGCCGAAUGCCUUAGCUCUUUGGAGCGCGGAAGCUCUCUGCUUCAAGAGGACGGGGAGUGCUCCGCCAACAGGCAGCAGUCGGGGGGAAUGCUGACGGCGUCUUUGGAAAGCUGCGCAGCCAAGACUAUCCAGACCUGCUGGCGGAGUCGUGUCUCCAAGAGCAUUUACCGCUACUACCGGAACGUCAUCGAUUUUCGCCUCGGCGGAGACCCUCGCCUUUUGCUAAGGGCCAUCAACCCCGGGGAAGCGGCGCUAUUCGACCGCGCCGCGGGCGUGCACGUUCGGUUUCGCCUCGGCGGUUACACGUUCCCGCCUUCCAUUUACUACAAGGUGUACACGCAUCAGCCGGUCGCCGACAUUGGCGCUUUCGCACCCAGGGCUUACUCAGAGGACGCUAAGGACACUCCGGCGGAUCGAUGGAAUCACCCACCCAUGACAGGAUACCCCGAGAACCCUAAAGCUGGCCAGAUAAGGGUCGGUGCUUCCUACUUCGGGACGGCCGUCAAGCGGACGGGACCGCAGGGGACCAAGAACUGGUACCGGCGCCAGGAGAACAACGGCUGGCGGCCAAUCACCAUCAAGGCGCUGUCGUCCGCCGAGGACGAUCCGGUGACGAUCGACACGGCCAGGAAGCACGCCUCGCGAAGCGGGAGCGGGGGCGAGGGCGGGGACGGACUUCGACCUGGUGGCGGCGGUGGGGGUGGUGGGUUCCACUACUCCAAGCUCAAACGUCGGUGGCUCAUGUCCAUGUACUCCGCGGGGCUUGCGGAAACGGCAACGGCGGCGGCGGCGGCGGCGGGGGCGGAGGACGAGGGAGCGGGAACGGCGGCGAACGAUGACGGCGGCCCCUUUUCUCAUCAAUCUCGAGCAGAACAGAUGCAGCAGCGGAGAGAGCGAGACGGCCAUCACCAUUAUAGAGGCGGCAUGGGCGGAAAAGACGCCCCCGGGUGGGAAGGAGGAGGGGAUUGGGGAAUGGAUUGGGAUUGGGAGGGAUUGCAUCGGCAGCAAGGCAAUACGGCCGCGGGGAGGGAGAGCGAGGACGAUGCCGCGCUGCUGGUGCGGUGGAGCAAGGCGCUGGA